GUUUAAUACAUAUAAGAAUAUUGUUUCUUAAAAAUUUUUAAAUACUAAAUAUUGAUAAUGACAAUCUUAAAAAAAUUACUUAGAAACCUAACAACUUAUAAUGAAUUAGUCAAUCGUCAUCACAUUUUUGGUAUCAGAGAAAUGUGUUCAGAGGUCGAACGCUCAUUAAAUGCAAAAUAUGAUCAAUCAAAAGGAACAAUUUUUGAUAAAAUAAUAUCCAAAAAAAUUCCGGCAGAUAUUAUUUUUGAAGACGAGAACUGUCUAGCAUUUAAUGAUAUCAAUCCACAAGCUCCUGUACAUUUUCUUGUUAUACCCAAGAAAAGAAUUCCAAAAUUAGAUGAUUCGACUGAAGACGAUAAAGAGAUUCUAGGUCACAUUAUACAUAUAGCAAAAACACUGGCUCAAAAGAAACUUCCUAAUGGUUAUAGAUUAGUUAUAAAUAAUGGAAAAGAUGGAUGUCAAUCUGUAUAUCAUUUACACAUUCACAUUUUAGGAGGAAGACAAUUAGGUUGGCCUCCAGGAUAAUUAAAAAUGUAUAAAAGAAAUUGUUAUAUUGAUUUUUUAUAUAUUAAAUAAAUUUACAUAGAUGUUUA